GCCACGGUCAUCGACUAACACGGCUCAGGGAUUGGUCGCCCGCCAAAACCUGCCUAAAAAUAGCAGAAUCCUCCUCGGCAGUAUAAAAGCGCUGACUAAACGCGCAAGCCAGUUAUUAUUGAGAUCUGUCUCCGUACACUCGACUAGCACAGCAAGCAUCAUGUCUGGACGUGGUAAAGGCGGUAAAGUCAAGGGAAAGAGCAAGACUCGCUCAUCCCGCGCUGGACUCCAGUUCCCCGUCGGACGUAUCCACCGUCUGUUGAGAAAGGGCAACUACGCCGAGCGAGUGGGAGCCGGAGCUCCUGUCUAUCUGGCUGCCGUGCUCGAAUACCUGGCUGCCGAAGUUCUCGAGUUGGCAGGAAACGCCGCCCGUGACAACAAGAAAUCCAGAAUUAUUCCUCGACAUCUCCAGCUGGCCGUCCGAAACGAUGAGGAAUUGAACAGGCUCCUGUCCGGCGUCACCAUCGCCCAAGGAGGUGUCUUGCCCAACAUCCAGGCUGUCCUCCUGCCCAAGAAGACCCAGAAGGCCGGCAAAUAAGCGCCCAGAACACCGACUGUCUGUCAGGACACUAUCCAUCCAACGGCCCUUUUCAGGGCCAACCAAUUCUUCCCGAAAGAACCUUUUCCAUCUAAGCACUUGUAAAGCAAUC